CCUCUAGCCCGCUCUCGAGCCUUAUCCUUGACAGCCGCACCCGGGCUUUCCAGCCGCCAGCAGCCACCGCGGGCCGGAGCGAGGAUGGAGAGGCUGGUGUUCAGGAGGCCCUUCUGUCAUCUGUCUACCUACAGCCUGAUUUGGGGCAUGGCAGCAGUGGUGCUGUGCGCAGCACAAGGUAAAGACGAUCACUUCCCCUGCUCGGAGUCCAGCAAACACAGCUUCUGGGUGGAAGUGGUGACUGAGGAUCAAAGAGAGAGGCUGAACACACCUGCUUCCUUAAGGUGCUCUCUACAAACUUCCCAGGAUGUCUUAGUUGUGACAUGGCAGAAAAAGAAGGCUACAAGCCCAGAAAACCUGGCCACCUUCAGUGAGCUCCAUGGCGUUGUAGUCCAGCCAGCCUAUAAGAACAAGAUGAACAUCACUGAGCUGGGACUCCAAAACUCAACAAUCACCUUCUGGAAUACCACCCUGGAGGAUGAAGGGUGUUACAUGUGUCUCUUCAAUAUCUUUGGUUCUGGGAAGAUCUCAGGAACAGCCUGCCUCACCCUCUAUGUGCAGCCCACGGUAUUCCUUCACUACAAAUACUCUGAAGACCACCUAAAUAUCACUUGCUCUGCCACUGCCCGCCCAGCCCCCAUGAUCUCCUGGAAGGUCCGUGGAUCAGGGAUUGAAAACAGUACUGAGAUUCUCUCCAAUCCAAAUGGGACCACUUCUGUUACCAGCAUCCUUCAGGUCAAAGACCCCAAGAAACAGGUGGGAAAGGAGGUGAUCUGCCAGGUGUUGCACCUGGGGACUGUGACCUACUUCAGACAAAGUGUGAGCAAAGGCUACUGGUUUUCAAUUCCGCUAUUGCUAAGCAUUGUUUCCCUGGUAAUUCUUCUGGUCUUAAUCUCAAUCUUAUUAUACUGGAAACGUCACCGGAAUCAGGACCGAGCCUAGAUGAGUCACAGAGAACCCUGAAAGUUAUUUCCUGGUCUACUUGAAUCUGACGCAAAAGAAAACAAGAAGAAAAAGGGCCAUUCACUAAAGGACCUGAAAGAGCAAGAGAGGUGGGAGCGAAAGGCUUAAGGAUCCCACGACUUUCCACUGCCAUCUAAGCUACUCUGUGUUUGAGCUCCAGGAGGAAGUCAUCUUACCUCACAGGUCUGUUGUAGGACUUGGUUUUGUAAAGCAAUGCAGUGUUGUGCUGUUGAAAAGGCACUGGACUUAGAUUCGGGAGCACUAAGCUGACAGGCUGACUUGGGCUCCUACUGGUGGGGACCCUGGGUUAGUCACUUUACCUCAAUGAGCUUCCACGUCCUCAUCUGAAGUAUAAAGGAGUUGGACCAGAUAAUUUGCCCUUCUGCUGUAAAAACUGAUGCAAUUCCAGGAAAAAAAAAAAAAAAGGAAUAAACAAAGGGGGAAGAAGUGAAAAAAAGAGAGACUACGGAAAGGUCCAAAGAACUUUUCAGAGACUACCUUUUGCCUUUCUGUCAGUGUUACAUCUCUUCUUCCCUUGUUCUUAGGUCCAUGAGUCUGUUUUCCCAUCAUCUGGUAUCCAGUCCACUAUCUGCUUACUGUUUUGCUAAUAGCUGGCCUUGUUAGAAUUCUUGGUUUCACUGCUAAUUCUUUAUGUGCUUCUAUGAGGUUUACCACAACAAAAAUAGAACUGAAUUUAUCGUGAAAUAACAUUGGCAACCUUAACUUAUCCAUUUAACAUCUAUUUUUAUAGCAGGAUAAAUAUUGUUAGUCUUAGGCAAUAGAUGCCCUUUUUUUUUUUUUUUUUAAAUAAAAGCAUGUUUUCCCUGUCCCUUUGUCUUAUAAUAUGACCCAACCCUAUUUUAGGUCAUUCUGAAUUCAGCCUAGUAUAAUGAAAAUAUAUUAUGAAAACAUUCAUUUAGGAGAUUUCCUGUAUAGCAGUCAGCCAAUUUAUAUGCUUUGUCUCUGUUGGUUUCUUUUUCCAUGAGCUAACUUUUCACAAUAGCAGAGGACGUAAACAUGAGCAUAUAGUUCCUUUGUUUUAAGGAUAUUGUCCAACUAGUGGAACAAUGUUGCAUCUUAAAUAACCAUGAGACCAAAUUAGUUGCUUCUCCAGUAUCUUUUGCUUCGUCAGUCUCUAUUCAGUGACCUAGGAAUUCAAAUGUAAGUUGUUUUCAUUGUUGAAAUGGAUAUUUAUAUAUUUAGUAAGAUUUCGUGUGUUAUUUAAUUCUGUAUUAUUUCUUAUAUUUGUAGCAAAAUACUGAACAAUUAAAA